AUGGCCGAUGUACAUGAACGUACCUUUUUGGCAAUCAAACCAGAUGCCGUUCAACGAGGCCUUAUUGGUACAAUUAUUCAACGUUUUGAACAACGUGGCUAUAAACUUGUCGGCUUAAAGUUUAUGCAUGCAUCUCGUCCACAUUUAGAGGAACAUUAUGCUGAACAUAAAGGAAAACCGUUCUUUGAGCCGCUUGUUAACUACAUGCACUCGGGCCCUGUUGUAGCAAUGGUAUGGGAAGGAUUAGAUGUAAUUCAACAAGCUAGAAAUAUGUUGGGUGCGACAAAUCCUUUAAAAUCCAAUCCAGGUACCAUUCGCGGCGAUUUUUCAAUUCACAUGGGUCGCAACGUUGUUCACGGAUCAGACUCACUAGCUUCGGCUAAACGUGAAAUUGCACAUUGGUUUAAACCUGAAGAAUUAGUGGAAUGGUCCCCAGACACCACGAAGUGGAUAUACGAGUAA